AUGGGGCCGGCACGGCCGGGCAAAAGCAGGCGCGGCCCGGCUGUGCGCCGGCGGCCAGGGCUAGCAGGCCGCGCGGCAGCCAGGCGAGCGGAUGGCGCGGCCGGCAGGAGCGAAAGGCGCACGGGCGCAGGGGGCUGCGGGCGGCGACGAGAGCGGCAGCGGGCGUUGGGCGGCGCGGGGCUGCAGCAGCAGCCGUGCAGCAGCGGCAGGAAGGGGAGGCCAGGGGCGCGACGCGGGCGCGGCGGAAUGGCGGGCGAGCAGCACAGCGGCAGAGGAGGCGGGCAGACGCGGGCGAACGACACGGGCGGCGGCUACGCGGGGGAGGGGGGGCUGUGGGCGUGCGAGCUCGCACGCAGCCACGGGCGCGAGGCAACCAUCGGCGCGGGCCGCGCGGCGGGGCGCCGCGAGCGCGCGCGCGGGGCAGAGGAGAAGUGGGAGGGAGGUGCGGGAGGUGCUCACAGCGGUGCAGGGAUCGGGGUAAUGGUGCUCGUGGUGGGGGACGGGGACGACGGCGUCGACGUAGACGGGGAGGAAGACCGGCGAUGGCGGCCUCCGGCGAGGUAG